CCAUUGCGCCAGCCAGCCAGCCUAGAUUCAUGCCGGAAGCCGGAAGUGCUGGAGGAAAGAAGGGGAAGAAGGAGACACCCCUGUGCUGCGCGAUGUUAACAACUGACUCCAUCACCACAUGCCUCUCUCCCCCAGUUUAUGAUAUGGUUUGCAGACUUGGGUUUGAAGUAAAAGAAAACCAUGAUAUCAACAGCAUUGUAUCUCAGCAUGGUGAAGUGUGCUGGAAAACAAUUGCGGGAUGUAUGUGCUAUACAGAUUCAGAAAGACAAAAUGUGGAUUACUUAAAGAGUGUGAGCCUCUUGGGUCCUGUAUGUGAAGCUGUUCAUACUCAUAUGUAUUCCCUGACUAAGGCACAGUUUGAAGUUCGAUAUGCUCUUUGGUUCCAGUGGACAAAUUUUCCAGAGCUAUUUCCUGAAAUAUUUGUUGCUCUGAAGAGUCUGCAACCUGCAACUAUUCCUCUUAACUUAAUGAAACUAACAUCAUGUCUGGAACGAGCUUUGGGUGACGUGUUUUUAUUGAUUGGAAAGGAAUGUCCAUUUCUUUUAAGAGACUUGCUUGUAUCUAAGGAGCUUGCUGAAGUGUUUGGACAAUCUGUGAUGGAUGUACUCAGAGUAUUCAUUGGUUCUCCAUGUGGACUCAAUCUGCGAAAUAUUUUGUGGCAUGGAUUUGCAUCUCCUCAGGAAAUUCCUCCAAAAUACUGCUCUACACUGGUAUUGUUGACAGCAGGAUUGGGACAACUAUUAAAGAGUUAUCUUCAGCAAACUAAUUUUACAUUCGUACAUCGGCCUUUCCUAAUUUUUACACACUUAAACGAACUGAUCAUUUUUCCUGAUAUUAAUGAUGAAGUACUGUCAGUAGUUGAAGAACUGAUAGAGAAAUCUACUUUUGUGUUGAAAAUCAUGAUUCCAUUUUGGGAAGCCAUAGUAAUGAAAUUCAGAUCACAUAGGUAUGCUGACUGUAUAGUACUGCUACUGACACAGCUGGAAACUGGACUCCGAAAAGUCUUCACUACAGUUAAUAAAUGCCCAAAAAGACUUUUGACAGCAGAGUCUACAGCUUUUUACACCACCUUUGAUGAAAUAUUAGCAAAAGAAUUGAGUAAUGAUAAAAUCAAUCAUCUUCCUCUUUUCCUUGGAGAACCUGCUAUGGAGUUUCUUUGGGAUUUUUUGAACCAUCAAGAAGGCCCCCGUGUAAGAGAUCGCUUAAGCCACGGGGAGAUCAACUUAAAUGACUUUCCAAGGGAGGUUACAAAUCAACUACUUGCCUUUUCUAUUGUACUGUUACUCAGAUUUGUUGGAGAAGAUGUGUUAUCAGUUUCUAAGGAGAAUGCAUCAAUCAAAACUUUAAUCAGCUGUGCAAAUUGCUAUUGUUCUCAAUUCCAUCCAGUUUCUCAGCUUAAAAAACAGAUUCUGUACUGUGAGAAAAGCAUCAGAAUAUGGCCUCAGCUUCCAUUAGUGCCAGUGGAACACAUUCAGGAAGCAACCAGAUUGGAAGGCAAUUCUAAAGCCAGUGAUUGUUAUCAUUUGAUAAUAAAAAUUUCCUCUGAACUCCAACGUUGCAUGCCACAAGGUGACUAUAAUUUGAGUAACUUACUGGAUAAUCCUCCCACAGCAAAGUGGUCCCUUUUGCUUCACGAGCUUUGCAGCAAACGCAUCCGAACUUUAUAUUGUCCACGGCCUGUCCUUGAAGUCGUUGUUAUUCUUCAGAAAAUAAGUACACAUUGCCACCUGGUGUCUGAUCAAAUUAUUGCCACUACCGAAAUAAGAUUUAAGCAGUGGAUGCAAAAGACACUUCGGUCUCGCCAGAGGCAGAACUAUCUACGCAUGUUAAACAGGGAUGUGCACGUAGAUGAUGACGUUGAUUCGCACAUUGCCAGAGCUCGCUCAGUGGCUAGGAGUCUCCAAAGGAAAGUGUGGGAGAGAAGAGGUAUUAUGUUGCUUACCAAACUGAAGAUCUACAGAGCUGUUGUGCUGAUCUCAUUGUUUUAUGCCUGUGGAGCCUGAGUAGUAUACAAGCGCCAUGCCAGGAAACUGAAUCACUUCCAUUUAAAUUGUGUUAGGAAGAUUCUGAAGGUUACCUGGCAAGAUAAGAUAGCAGACACUGAGGUCAUUUCUUGAGUUGAACUACCAAGCAUUUAGACUCUGCUGCAGAGAGUACAACUCCAAUGAGCUGGCCACAUUGUUUGAAUGCCAAAUAUGUGCUUCAAAGACUAUUUUAUGGAGAGUUCAUACAAGGCAGAUGCUCACAUUCAGGUCAGAAGAAGUGAUACAAGGACAUUCUCAAGUUCUCUCGGAAGAACUUUGCAAUCAGUUGUGAGACAUGGGAGAAGGAGCACAGGACCAUCCAGCAUGGUGUGCCAGCAUCAAAGAAAGUAUUGUGCUCUGUGAGCAAAGCAGAAUUGCAGUAGCCCAAAAGGAACCUGAGAUGCACAAAUUUAGAGACAUCUCUGCUCCAAAUGUGUGUAUGGACUCUGUGCCUGACCUGUGGUGAAGCCUUCCAAACUCAUAUUGGUCUGAUCAGCCACAGGCAGACGAGCUGUGUCUCGGCCCCAGCGUAGUGAUGUCAUUUUGGUCCUCUUGGAGCACAAAGGACAGCAGCCAACCAAGUUGCUUCUUCAUUUUUCUCAUUGUCUUCCUAGCCCCAGAUGUGGUGCUUUAUGGUAGAGGUAUAACCCCUCGCCUCUCUGUCCUUCCCCCUCUUCAGGCAGCCGUCACCACAUGCCUCUCACCUCAGUUGUUUUCAUAGUCUUCUGUUGAUGUUUCUGCUUCUAUGUUUCCCUCCUCCGCUCCAUUUUCUGCACAUCUGCUAACAUGGUCUUCCUCAGAAGGCCCAGGGUACUUCCUUGCUCAAAAACCCUUGGUAGGCAGAGUAUAUGGGCCUCCACUGUGUGACUCUGUACCUUUUCAGCUAGUCUCCUAGCUCUAAAGCAUCCAAUUCUUAUUUCCUAUGACUCUCUUUCAUGUACUUGAUAUGAGUUAUAUGUAGCUGAACUGGGCUUGUAUUUAUCCCUUGAAUUACACAUUUCAUAUCCUACUUCCAUAUAUUUAUGCAGGUCACAUGGAAUGUUUGAAGUGUAUUGCUUCCUCAUAGUCAUUUCUCAGAAUCUUAUCUUCUUUCAGUGCUCAGCUCAGAUGCCACCUCCCCAGUGAAGGCUUACUUAAUUUCUCUCAGUCUUAAAUGUCAUCUCCUUUUUAAGAUUUCCUUACAUUUAUUUCUUUUUAAUGUAAUUUUUAUUUUGUUUUACCUUUCUCAGUUCACAAGUAUUUUGUUUCUCUCCCUCCAACCUCUCUACUUUCACUGGGAAAAAAAAAAGCAAAGAAAAAAAUUCUAGUAACAAAUAUGGACAGUCAAACAAAGCAGAUUCCUUCAUCAGCCUUGCCCAAGAACGUAUAUCUCAUUCUGCAUCUAUUUAUUUUUCUGUGUUCAUGUUGCUUCCAAACCGUCCCAAUGAAAUGUCAGUUCCUAAAGAACAGACACAGUUUUAGUUCUGUCUUUAUAUCCAUAGCCUAGUUCCUAGCUUGAUGCCGUCCAUGUAGUAGGCAUUCAAUAUAUGUUUGUUGAAUUGGAUCCUGGGAAUGUGUGUUGAGGACAUUGAGGCUGUAUGUGGAGGCCCCUUGUUUACCAGGUUUUAGUGGUGAAAGAAAAGAGGGAAAUGUGAUUAUAGUCAGAUAGAAUAGUAGAGGUAAACAAAGGUGUUUUUUUUUAAUAGAUAAGUCAUUUUUGACAUGAAGGAAACGUUUUACUAAAUUAAACUCUAUUUUAUUUUUAGUAUUAAGCUUUUGUCUCCUGUACUCCAGCUAAUAUUAUUGCUGAUCACACUGGAAUUGGUCAGCAUUCAUAUUGUUAAUGAAAAAAAUGCUUGU